AGCAAACUGACUGUUGCUCGAAGUCUUUUUCCUUCGCAAUUUCGAUUUCAAUUUUCAAAUAUUUACAUAGCAAAGUUGUUUUGAUGAUAAAUAGAAAAGUCUAUCGCGGAUAUUGUUAAAGGUCGUGGUCAUUCUCCUGUGUAUGACUUGUUUAUUGCGAUAAUUGUGUCCAGAACAGCAUCGGUAGACUUGAGUGGACAAGAAAAUUUUAUAUUUUAUUGAAAAGGGAAAGGCAGGUCAGAUAUUUGGAUGUUAAAAUGGUCAUGAGGCGCCGUCAAGGCACAGGCUGCUCAAAUGCGGUGAUCAGCCUUCUAACAAUUUAUAUAGGAUGUACGGUAUCCCAAAGAAUAUUGCCGGACUGGCCAAAGAUUGGUGAUCGCAUCACACAACCAUUCCUUGAUCAACUUAUGGUUUCACAACUGUUAGAACAGAAUCUUACUUUAGGAUUCUUCUUGAAAGGUUUAAAUGGUCCACCCGGUCCACCAGGACCGCCUGGAAACCCAGGAGAGCCUGGCCCAGCCGGUAUUGCAGGUCCCCCCGGACCUCCUGGGCAUGUGGGUGAAGAUGGAGCACCAGGUGCAACGGGUACGCCGGGACCUCCCGGUCCACCCGGACCUCCAGGUCUUCCUGGUGAGAAAGGUGACACAGGUGAACAAGGUGCACCAGGCGCAGCUGGUCUACCUGGUGCUCCUGGUCUACCAGGUUCACCUGGUGCAGUUGGACCACCGGGUCCAGAACCAAUUAUGCCUAACUUCACUGUCAUCUGUGAAGGAGAAAAGGGCUGGGUACAAUGCAAACAGUACGAGCUCAUAAAGAUCACGAAAUCAUUCUGGGGACGAGACGACCACGUGACCUGUCCCAAAGUCCCCGCAGGUCUAACAAUCGACAAUCUCUGCGAGACGAACGAAGAGAACACGAAAGAAAAAGUAGAUGGUCAAUGUAAGGAUCAACAGGCUUGCGAAGUAGUGGCGUCAAACAUCUUUUUCGACGACAAGAGUUGUGGUAAUACGUACAAGUAUCUCAAGAUUUGGUAUGAAUGUAUUCCGGACGAGGCGAACGUCGUCGAUGCCUUACGAGAUGGAGGCAAGAGACGAAAACGCAAGCGAGCAGCAAUGGAGAGACGGCACGCUGAAAUGUUACGCGAAAAGGAGAGGCAAAAACGACACGUAUAAAAAAAUCACAAACACAAACGAGACCCCGCCAUUUAUUUGCAGACCCCAAUGCGAACAAGAACGAUCACUUUCCAUCUUAUAACUCAGUAAUUGGCUCGUUUGAUUAAAACGGACAGAAUUGUAUAAUUGUUUAUUAAUGCGUAAACGAAUUUAUCAUCGUUUUAUUAACACGAACAUACGAAUGACAAUAAGACCAUUAACCUGUAAGUUAUUGUAAUUAGAACAUCGAGACGGACAUGGUGACGCACUUGAAUUCGACAUGACAUAAUUAGAUGAGUAAAUCAAAUCAAUGAAAUUUGGCGUGAAGAAUUGUAAUUUAGUAGCUUGGUACCAAAAUGUAAAACAUCUUAUUUUUGAGAGCAUUGCGCCCGUUAACGUAUUUUAAUUUCUCUUUCAUAUAAAGAAAUAUAUAAUUUGGCAACAUACUUUGAAUAAACGUUGUACAUGUAGGAAA